UCGACCUGCGCUUCGAUUUGCACACAAGAUGUCAGACUGCACAGACUCUCGAACCAAGAUGGCCACCGAGGACAUUCUGCACGGAGCUGUCAAUGUCACAUUCUCGCUGCUGCACUGGCUGUUCAGCUUUAUUUUCGCAAAAUACGCUUGUAUUGCUCUAUUUGUUUUAGUUUUACUCGUUAUAAUAAUACUAUACAAGUCGUAUUGGAGCCCGGUUUUGUAUGAAAAGGAGCUAUCGGAAGUGGGCUUCGAGCACGUGUCGGGGGCUCGCGGCGAGCGCGCGGUUAACAUCGGCCGCGUGAUGCGCGCGCGGCGCCGCGGGGAGCUGCCCCCGCCAUACCCCAACGGCUGGUACGCGCUCGUCGAGUCCAGAGACCUGAAGAUUGAGGACGUCGUGCCCGUUGAUGCUUUGGGCGAGAACUUCGUGGUGUACCGCGGGGCGGACGGAGCGGCACGCGUGGUGGACGCGUACUGCCCACACCUGGGCGCCAACCUGGGCGUGGGCGGCACCGUCAGCGGCAACUGCCUCACCUGCCCCUUCCACCAGUGGCGGUUCGACGAAGACGGCGUCUGCACCUCCAUACCGGGCCUGGAGAAAGUGCCCAAAGGCAUCUCCAUCAAAACCUGGUCGUGCAUGGAGACGGACGGCGCCGUGUGGGUGUGGUACGACGCGGAGGGCCGCGCGCCGCAGUGGGUGGUGCCGCCCGUGCCGCAGCUGGACUCCUGGGCCUACCGCGGCCGCAACCAGUUCCUCGUCAGCGCGCAUAUACAGGAGAUCCCGGAGAACGGCGCGGACGUAUCGCACCUGAACGCCGUGCACACGCCCUCCGCACUCAGCGACCUCGGCGCCAAGUACCCCAUACUCAACAACUUCAUCGGUCACCACGUGUGGAGCGCGGAGUGGUCGCGGUCGGAGCUGGGGCACAUGGCCAGCAUCAGGAUCGAACACCAGUACCUGCUCAUGAAGUACAACGUGCUGCCCAUCGCCGGCACUGUGGAGCAGAUCGGUCCGGCGCACGUCCGCCUGCAGUUCCGGUCGGCGCUGGGUCCGCUGCUGCUGGUGCAGUCCAUCACGCCGCUGUCGCCGCUGCUGCAGCGCGUCGUCCACCGCGUCUACUCGCCCGCCUACAACGCGCCCGUCGGCAUGCUCUUCGUGUAUGCUGAGGCUAUACAGUUCGCGCGUGACGUGGCGAUAUGGAACCACAAACGGUACGUGAGCUCGCCGCAGUACGUGAAGAGCGACAGGACGAUACGCGCCUUCCGCACCUGGUUCGCGCAGUUCUACAGCGAACACAGCAAGACCUUCCGAGACGCCCACCGCUCGCUGGACUGGUGACGCGCCAGAUACCGAAUAGUAGUUCCACUGGUAAUUAAUGUCUAGAAGAUGUCAACUAGUUUAUCGAUAUGUAA